UGCUAUCAUAGAAUGGCUGUAUAAAAUGAUUUCGAUUGCCUUAUAUGAAGUAUGGGAAUAUUAGACAAUUCAAAAUGGCGGCGAGCUUUAGGAGUAAAGAAAUCAUAACUUUUCAAGUUGGAAAUUACAGUAAUGAAGUCGGUGCGCAUUUCUGGAACUUGCAGGAGAAGAACUUCAAAGGAGAUUCUUUUUACAACGAGAUAAGACAUGAUAUGUUGCACCGAAACAGCCUCAAUUAUGGUAACGGACAAGUUAAUUAUACACCACGUGUUAUAUCGUUUGAUUUGAAAGAUAAUAUAUCACGUUUGGCCGACGAAAACGCUGCAAAGAUGUCUGAAGAGUCUAUUGCAUGGGAUGGGGCAGUUGAUACCUACUGUAACGAAAAUAUUUUCACAGAAAAGCCCGGACAAGAAAAUGGCGUCGUUGCGUGUAAGGGAUAUUCGUGGCUUGAUUUUAUACACCCUACAUUUCACGAAAAAUCCUUAGUAACUGUUGAAAAUUUGAGUAAUGAAUACUAUCGAAGCUUUGAUGCAUUUGCUGUUGGGGAAAAUCUGUUUAGUUCACUCAAAUUUCGAAACGAGGUUGAGGAUAAAAUCCAUUAUUUUGCUGAGGAAUGUGAUCAACUUCAAGGUUUUCAAAUUUUUUCACAUGUAAAUGAUGGUUUUGGAGGGUUAACAUCUUGUUUGAUGCAAGAAUUAUGUGAUGAUUUUGAGAAAAAGAAUUGUCUUUGUUUUUCUUUGAUGCCAGCUAUAAUAAAUGAUGAAACAAGACAAGGUAAAGACCAAGCUAUGUUGAAUACCUUGCUAAGUCUGGCAAAGUUUAUAGACAAUGGGUCACAUGUUGUCCCUUUGAUGAUGAGAGAUAGUUUGGAGUACAGUUAUAAAUCUAGAGAAUUUUCUUAUCUUCACUACAAGGCAAACAAUUUUGAUACAAGUGCAAUCCUUGCUUCUGCAAUCGACACAUCAACCUUGGCAUACAGAUUGUCUCACAGUCAAUCAGAUAUGCACAUGCUAUUACAUCACUUAUCAUGUGGUGGACGAAAGGUCAGUUCUUUGUCACUUGCACUACCUAUACCUCUCAGCAGCACUACUCCUUUUGUGGACAUCUUUCAAAAAAAGGAAUUGGUCACCCCUCUAACUCCUGACAUAUCCAGCGAUCAUAAUUAUUUAUGUAAAUCCACUGUUGUACGAGGAAUUCCUAGCCAUCUACUUAAGUCAGAGGAAUCUUCUUUGCUGGUUAAGAAAAUGUCUGCUAUUACACAAUAUCAAAGUUCUUUAGGGCAUUACUGUCCUAGUUAUGUAGCUCAAACACCUUGUUUCACAAGUGAUCCAUUUCCUAAAAUCUUCAAAUCAAUGGUUACUCAAGUUGGUUGUGUGAUUGAAGACUAUAUAAGACCUUCGCAGACAAAUGUUGAGAGGAUAUCAGUAUUGGCAAAUUUAGUAAACACAGAAGAUAUCGCUAAACCACUUAAUGUGUUAUUGAAAGGAACUGAUAAGCCAAAAGUCAAAAGGUAUCCACAGUAUUUUGAGGGUAGUGUUGAAGAAACAGACAUUGAGAGCUACAGGGAAAAUAUUAACUCAUUGAUUCAAAACUAUAAUUCAUUGUAUAACAUUUAAACUUUAGUUGGUAAAAAUAUGCUUGCAUGUUUUACAUGCUUUUAUUUGCUAAAAAUAUGUUUGUAUGCUACAGCACAAAAUAGAGUAACAAACCAAAAAAUACAAAAUAAAUUUAGAAAAAAGUGUUUAGUUUUAUGCAUAAAUAGUUUUUAAAACACAAUCAAAAUAUAACAAGUUCUAUAAAAAGUUUUA